GCUGUUAUGCUAUCGCUUGUAUACUCAGAAAUCCUGAAAAUGCUUCGCUUAUGGGGCCUUGUAGAUUUUGACGUGGAGAUAGCAUUCCCUCUUGACCAUGGUCUUCCUAGGGGAUAUCAGAAGCAGAAGAGCAGGGAAUCUGAUCAGUCACACAUUAUGACUGUGCAAAUAUUGUUGGAGGAGAUUUUAAGGAAUUUAAAGAGUGCUUUCUGGCCAUUUCAACAUGAUUUCUCCCGGAGUUUAUUCUUAAGGGCAGCACAUGCUGCUAACUGUAUUGAACAAUUAGACAGUGAAGACAGUGGCUUGCAGCUUGCAUCAGCGAAGGCUGCUAAACACAGGUUAGAGCGUGGUGUUUGGACCAGUGUACGCUUUGGGGAUAUGAGACGUGCAUUAGCUGCGUGCGAGCGUCUUAUUCUCAUGGAAACUGAUGUCAAGGAAUUAAGAGAUUACAGCAUUCUUCUCUAUCAUUGCGGACUUUAUGAGCAAUCUCUGCAAUAUCUCAAAUUGUAUCAGGAAGCGAAGAGUUCUUCACUAGAAAAGCCAUCCUCUGAUCCAACGAGCUCCCUGGAGGAUGAUGCUGUGGAAAAACUGAUGAUACGCCUCAACCUCAUUUCGAUGGAGGAAGGUUGGAGCAAGCCCUCAUACGUUAAAAAUUUUCUUGGUAAUAACUCCGAACCAUGGUAGUGCCUUAUGUACCAUUUGCCCUGCAUGCAGCACUGCUAAACCAGUGAUGAAAUCAUUUCACUAAGGAGAGAGUUUAUCAAAUUUGAGUGUGCACUUGUGCAAGGGUUAGAUAAUCCGAAAAGUGCUUGCAAUGCUUUUAAUGAUAAUAGCAGGAUGCAUAGCAAUAGAGAAGAGUAGUAAGACCAAUCGAAUAUCUAACUCUUACCCCACUUGCAUAUCGAAAACGUUGUGGUCAUCAUAGUGGGGUACACCGGAUCUUCUUUAAACAUGUUCUGAAGUUAGCAUCUGUAGGCAUGAUAUGAGCUUUAAAAGGGUCUGGGUUCUAUUAUCUCUGUGACGACGCCAAAAGAUUCGAUUGGCAUACUUGUAACAUGCAUCAGUGUCUGUAGAUUUCUGUUUGUGCGGUAAUAUGAUACUCGUAUAUAUCUGACAAAUAAUGAAAAAUUCGAAAUUUCUUGUCGUAGUGUA